CAUAUAAACAAAGGGGAGCAAUCCUCCUUGACCUCCGGUGUCAAAGAGACAACUUCUUCAGUAGUUAAAGAAAUUUGAAGAAUAUGGGAGGCGGAGGACAUCAUUUUAAGAUAAAUAUCCCUGAUUAUAAGAAAUAUAAAGUAGAAGAUGUCCCAGAAUUGGUUAAACUUCAAAAGGAUCUUGCAAAGCGGGGAUUAAAAGACCCCUGGGCAAGAAACCAUGUAUGGAAGUUUCAAAACGAACUGUUAAAAGACUACCCAAAAUGGCAACACCUGUUCAGAAUGCCUGGACCCAUGCGGGGCAUCUGGGUUGGAUUAGGUCUUACUUUUACCAUAAUUGCGGUAGACCAAAUGACUGGAGCACAUUUCCGUGGUCACCAUUAAACACCAGUUGCCAUGCUAGAUUGGAUGUAACAGGGAUGGUUGUUUGCUUGUAGUUGAUUAAAAACUGGCAUGAGAAAUAUAUAUGUGUUUAUGUUUAGUAUUAUACAUAAACUUAUAUUUGAGAACUUUUAAA